AUGUCAUACCAGAAUUCAAAUAAGAAGGAUGAAGUAACAAAAACACGCUAUCAUGGAUUGGGGUUAUCAAACCAAGGAAGAGGGGUAAUAAAAAGUCAAUCUAUAGCUUUUCAGAAUUCAAAAUGGUCAAAUAUAAACUCAAAGUCAAAAGAAAUGGGAAUCAACUCAAAUGUUGUCCCAGAAAUGACAACAGUAUAUGUGGGAAGAAUUCCAACUCAGGUUACAAAUACACAUAUUCGAAAGUUGUUGGGAGAAUGCGGUACAAUAUUGAGAUGGAGUCGGCAGGAAGAUCCAACAACAAAAAAGUUAUCUUCUUUUGGUCUAUGUGAGUUUGAUUCUCCAGAAGGUGUAAUAAAUGCAGUUAACGUUUUGAAUGGAGUAAAGAUUUCAGGGGGUCAGCUGUUGGUAAAGUACCAACAUGGAAUUGAUAAGGAAAUGGCAAAGUGGCAAAGCAACAGAAUUAAUGAGAUGUUGAAAAGUAGAGGAGGUGAUUGCACUAUUGAAACGAUACUCAAUGAGCUUUCAGCUUCAGAUUCAAAGCUAAGAAUAUCCGUACAGCGUCUGUUGGCUGGGAUGUCAUUUGAAUUAGAUUCGGAACAAGAGCAUGGUUCUGCAGAACCUGUUGAUAAGAGCUCAAACAAUGAUUAUCCAGAAAAAGCAAACAAGAAAACUUUAUAUUCUAAUUCUGGAGAGUUUGGAGCAAGUUCUCACAUGCAAAAGAGUGGAGUUCUUGUGGGAUUCCCACAGAAUUCAAGGGAGAAAUUGAGAAUGAAGAAAUUUGAGGAAAAGAACAAAGAAUUUGAAAGAAAGCUGGAAGAUUUAGAUGACGAAUUAUAUGAAAUAGUCAAGUUGUUUCCAGAAAAAAUGGACAUUUCUAAUGAUUUAACCUUUCGGUAUUUGCUUGAGACCUUGUACGAAUCUUAUCACAAUUUUAAGUUCAUUUCUUCUUCAAAUAAGAGAACUUAUGAUAUGGUUUCUGAAAUUAUCCAAUUUGAUAAAAACUUGAUUGAAUCAAAGAUAGAUCGUUCUAAUCCCGAUUUUAGUCUUGAUUCUGAACUUUUUGAUAAUGAAAAUGACACUGAUUCAAGGUAUAAGGCUGAUUCAGUUACACUCUAUAAUCAAGAACAUCAAAAUUUAAAUGAUGGGAUUCAGAUUAAAAGUGAAAAUUUAGGAAAACAAGGUAUUUACAGUCAAAAUGGAAGACAUCAAACUAUAAAUGAUGAUGGUACAAAAAAUGAUAUUAGCAAUAAUAGUAAUAUAACAAAGAUUUCUAUUAAUUUACCAAGAUCUAAACAAAAUAAACAAUAUAAAAACCCAAUUGAAACCAUUGAAAAGAUGAAUAGUAGCAAAAUAAAUAACAGUGACUCAUCGCUCUCUUCCAAUCUAAAUCUGGCAAAUUCUAAUGAUUUAAUUAAUAGGGAAGAAGUGUUUUCAGCUGAAAACUGGAAGAAUGUAUUGGGUUCAGUAGAAUUUGAAAAUUACAAAGAAUAUAUUGAGCAAGAAAUGAGACUUAUCAUUGGUAAUUCCGAUCAAAAUGCAUUGGAUACUAUUACUAAUUUUAUUAUUGAAAAGUUUUCAUCCAAAACUUUAAUUCAAGAAACUAUUAAUAUUUUGGUUCAAAUUCUCGACACUGAAGCUGAAUCAUUUCUUCGUGGACUAUUCCUCAAAAUUCUAGAUAGUUAA